AUGGGUCAAGGCCUGAGCUGCAGGGAGCAGGAGGAGACCGAGCUGUUCAGCGCAGUUCAAAAUGGAGAGCUUCAAAUCGUUGAGGCAAUGGCGGAUGAGGACCCGAACCUACUGGCACUGAAGACGCUUCACCGGAGGCUCUCCGCGCUCCACGUGGCGGCCGCAAACGGGCGGAUCGAGGCUGACGAAGAAGAUGAAAUGUGCUGCAUUUGCUUUGAGGAAGCUUGCAAAGUCGAGGUCCAAAGCUGUGGUCAUCAAAUGUGCGCUUAUUGCAUUUUAGCCCUUUGCUGUCACAGCAAACCCAAUUCUUCCUCUAACAAUGCGAAAAUUCCAGUUUGCCCCUUCUGCCGAAGCAGCAUUGCCCGACUAGUCGUGGCCAAGAGCAAAACAGAUGAGGAGACCGAGUCCGAAUUGAAUCCUACGAAACCAAGAAAAUCGAGAUUGUCGGUGAGUCUCGGGGAAUGCAGCAGCAAUUUCAAGGGUCUGUCAGCUUUGGGCUCGUUCGGGAGAUUGAGUCGGAACUCCGGAAAAGUUGCGGCCGAUUGUGAUCUCGAUUUUGAUAAGUCAUGA